AUGGUGACCCUAGAGGAAGUAUCGGGACUCAUCCCCAAAAAUUCGACCGACGGCGCCCACGCCACGCCUACUCGUGUCGCCGACUCCUAUAAGUCCCUCUGCACGUUCCAACUCGACAAGAACCGCUCCUAUAAGCAGCAGUAUGGAGACAUGUAUUUCCUCCGCCUCGCCAAGAUCAAACCCGCCGUGGAACAAGUCGCCGCCAAAGCAUGGGAAGGCACGAAAAUCGGCGGGGAGGAAGUGAAGAAAGUUGAGCGCGUGCUCGACGUCCGGCAGGGAGAACUGUGCUGGGUAGCUGGCACAAUAUACAUGGACAUGCCCCUUAAACCCAACAUUCUCGAGGACGUUUCCAAAGACAAAUGGAUCUCGGCCCCCAUCAACAGCCAAGAGCCGUACUUUUCUCUGGACGGGUCUGAUCAGACCAUGCUUGAAGACGACUCCGGCCGUAUUCGUCUCGUCGGCGACCUCUUGGAAAAGGUUCCCCUCGUCACGGGCUGUAUUGUAGCCGUCAUGGGGACCGAGAAUAGCAGUGGAGAGUUUGAAAUAAUCGACAUCAAGUUCCCGGACCUGCCACCACAGCCCGAGAGAUGGUCCCUGUCAAAGCCAGGAUCCACAAACGGAAAGGGCAAGUCCGCGCGGAAAAUUGACCGGGUUGAAGACGAAGGCUCGGGCUCGGAUGAAGAAAUGUCUGAUUGCCAGCCCGGGAAAAAAAUUGCCGUUGUUUCCGGGCUGUUCUUCUCUACUAUGGAUGCCGACCAUGCCAUGGAACUCGCCCUGCUUCAGGAAUACCUUCUCGGCGAGGCACUUUCCGCCAACGACCAGGCCGAAGUCGCGAACAUAAGCCGCCUCAUCAUCGCUGGAGACUCCAUUUCUACGGCCGCGCCCGAUCGCAAACAAGCCUUGCCCCUGGAGAAGAAGGCGAAUAAAAAGUACGGGUACGACUCCAGCGCUUACAACGCCAUGCCCGUCCAACUAUUUGAUGAGUAUAUCGAUGAUCUUCUCCCCUCGAUACCCAUAACGCUGCUUCCUGGAGCACAGGAUCCCGCCAAUGCCAGUUAUCCCCAGCAACCUAUCCAUAUGGCCAUGCUACGCAACGCAAAACUGUACGCGCCGGAUCCCACAGCCAAAAAACAACCAGGAUGGCUCGAUUCUGUUACAAAUCCGUGGGAGGCAGAAAUCGAAGGGUGGAGAGUACUGGGCACGGGUGGGCAAAACGUUGACGACGUGUUCAGAUAUGUCGAUAGUGACGAUAGACUGGGCAUGAUGGAGGCCAUGUGUCGCUGGAGAUGUUGCGCCCCGACAGCACCAGACACAUUGUGGAGCUAUCCGUUCCAGGAGGAUGACCCCUUUGUUAUGAAAACGUGUCCGCAUCUUUUUUUCGUAGGAUGCCAGCCGGAAUUCUCAACAAAGGUCAUUACCGGACCCGAAGGUCAAGCCGUUCGACUCGUUACUGUUCCAUCCUUUGCCGACACGAAAGAGGUGGUGCUUGUGGAUAUGGAAACAUUGGAAGUGUCGGUAGUUAGUUUCGCAAAAUAUGACGGGGACAACUCGAAAUGA